AUGGCUCGACAAGAGCUCUUCAGCAUCGUGAAGUGCAUCUACGGCUUUGAUACGCAAGUUGAAAACAUUCCCACUGCUGGUGUGAAAAAAGAUUCACUUGGAUGUGAAUAUGCAAACCGGCUAUUGUUAGGAAAUGAUACUUCUAUCCUGUCGUCAUUGUAUAAUGAGCUCGUGCUUGUGCUCGCACCUGUACACCACGCCAACCAGGACGCCAGCGAUAAAUACCUUGCUAACAUUCAAAGGAAUGGUACAUUUUCUGUUGUUCCUCGAGUUGCUGGAGGAGAAAUCGCACCAGACAAACUCAUUGUUCUUGGACAAGUUGCAAAUAAAUGUGGGGCGUCCUUACUGCAUGUUUUCUGCGUGCUCAUGCCAUGCUGGCAGACAACUUGUACACCAAGAUUACAGGAGGGCAGCGCUGAAGGUACAACAAUUCAGAGACUGCUAUUCGACCCUAAAGGGUUUCUGGACCAGGCUCAAGGCUCAGAGGAGAGGAAAUAUCAUGAAAAACUGCUUAGUACUCUGACUCCUACUGGUAACUGGUGAAAAGAUAACUUGCUUAUGUAAGCUACAAAAGUGCCAACAUAAGGUAAGGUAAAAACAGUCUCUACAAGCCCAGCCAGAAAUGAAUCCCUACA